GAGAGAUUGUCGAAAGAUUUGGAUGAUGAAAAUAUAUGCCAAGGUUAGAUAAGACCUGAAUGCCAAUAACUCCACUAGUGAGAACGAAACCUCAACAUUUGCGUCGUAUCUCUAGAAGGCCGAAACUGCAACACACAUGAAUACUGAAAAUAAACCGUCGCCACCAAACAAAUCAGAUACGGAACAGGAGUCAUCGACCGACACGCAUGGGGAAUCAACUGAACAAAGAAACAAGGAAGCCUCAGCUGACAGUGCAGUCAACAAAGAGGACAAAAGCUUAAUUCGGGAUAAGGAACAGGAGUCAUCGGCCGUUACGCAUGGGGAAACAACUGGACAAAGAAAUCAGAAACCCUUAGUUAUCGGUGCAGUCAACAAAGAGGGUAAAGGAUCAAUUCAGGAUCAGGAAGAAGAGUCAUCAACCACCGCACAUGGGGAAACAACAGGAGAAAGAAAUGAGAAAGAUUUAGUUAUUAGUGCGGUGAACAAAGAUGAUAAAGGAUCAGAUCAGGGUGACAAUUCGAGCAAAGGGGCAUUGGACAGUGAAUGCAGAUCUCCCUCUCAAGAUUGGAAACGAAUUUACAUUAAAUGUCUUUCAAAUCUCCCAAAGCGAGCAUUUUCAAACUUCGCUGAGAGAUAUAUUACAAACAUUGAACCAAUUUGGAUGGCAGAUGAAGAUCUCAUACAGGAGGGAUCCCUCUGUAUUUCCGUUUGUUUCAAUCUGUCUCGUCUUCAGGAUGAGAUUGCAGCUGUCAUUCAAGUUACACCAAAGGGUUGUACGAACAUGCUUGUCGUGAUCCAGAACUGUAGAGAAGGAAUGUCACCAAGACCAAUGCUGAGGAGUAAUCCGAAUGAUAUCUUUAAAGACUUUACAAACAUCCUGUAUGACGAUGGAAAGUGUUACGAUUGUCAUAUCAAUUCUCUGGCUAGAGAAACAGUUCAGGCUUUCAUCGACAAUAACUAGAACAUAUGUUGAUACGUAUAUGUAUCUUUUUGUUUGAUGCCAAUAUAUUGUUUACAUUAUAUACCCUUUGAAGACCUGUCUGUUUUCUGUAUAGAGAGUAUGAAUUAAUAGAAAACAAGAGCACCGUUAAGAGGAAUAUCGGGAUGGAUUAGUCUAGAUGUGUUAUGAAUUUUAAGAUUACAUAUCCUUCACAAACUCUUUCUCUUUCUUUCUCAGAUGACAGUAAGUUUUUUUGUAUCACAG